AUGCUGUCAACGCUGAACAAGCUGCGCGUCUUACUGAGCCUGGUGCUCAUCGUCAUCUUCGCCGCGAGCUCAGAUGAGCUACGCAUCGCAAUCGGCACCCUCUUCUCUUGGGCCCUAGGCCAUGUCCUCACACAUCGCCUCGCGCUACCGAUCAAGUAUCGACAAGCCCUCAACACCUACAUCCUGGUGUCGUUUUGCCUGCUGGCGGGCCUAAACGACCCUUUCUGCCAAAACACCUUCGGUCGCCUCCUAGACCUCUUUUUCGAGCGAGACCGCUGCGAUCCAGACGUGCCUGGGUCGGGCUUCACCGACUGGCACGAGACGUUCCGCCGCCGCAAGGUCUACGAGAUUGAUCUCGUAUGGCAGUUUCUCCGCGCUGUUUUCUUCUGGACGUGCGUGGCGAUCUCCCUCCCGAUCGUCAUUCCGCUCGCCCACUGGCUUUAUGCCAACAUCAACAAGGAAACGGAGCUGGAGAGGGCUUUUGCCUACAUUGAGAAGCAUGGCGAGCGGCCGCCGUGGUCGUACAAGCAACCGGAGACCACAUUGGUGCGCAAGAGGGAUACAAGAUACAAUCUCAUGAGCAGCGAGCUCAUCUUCGUCUGUGGUCCUGGUGGAGGGUAUGAGACGGUGAUCGAUGACGACAUCGAGGGUGCAAUCUCGCGCCGGCGUGCGCUGAGACCAAGAUUCGCAUGA